GGGCAUACACUCUCGAUAGAGAUACACAUUUCAAAAUAAACACACAUAAUUAUUCAUCUACUCUCACCGACCUGUGAGGCUGUGCAUCACACCAGACGUGAAGCGUGUAACUUAAGUUAUCAAAAUAGCUAACUAGCGUGAAAUAGAUUAGUAGAUCCUGUGACAUGGUCUCAUUAUAUCGCUAGAAAAAAUUUGUUAUAUGGUGAAGGUGUCAAAACGAAUUUGAUUUGGUGACUUAAUACAAAGUGAAGCAUUAAGAAACUAAUAGCGCUCAGGGCGAAUGACUCUUGAUUUCACAAGUCUGACUCUAGGAAACUCAUUUUAAACUGUCAGAAGAACUGUCAAUAAACUGUCAGAAGAAAGAAGAAAUGCAUCCAAUGAAACUGAUUCACGCGAUGUAUCUUCACACCUUUGUGUAUGCCAAUGUAACAAGAAGUUGGCAAGCUCUCUUGUGAUAUUUAUUUUUUUGGGACUAAGAAAUUUAUGAAUGAAAUCAUAUCAACCAAUCCGAUGGAAGAUUCAGAAAAUGGUCAACCAAUCGAAUCUCAUUAUACAAGAGACGCUCACGCGCAAUCUUCAUUAAGCAGAGGUGGCAGUGUGGGUGAACAUGAGCGUAAACACCUUGUGGGUAACAACUCGCACGAGAACAGGUCGGGUGAUGUCCCCAACAGAUCGGAGGGGGAGACAGUCCACGGGGACACCCUGGAGAAGUAUCCAUUUCUGUUGUUAAACAUCGUGUUGACUCUAAACAGCGGCGCCUCUAGGAUCUACACCAGUCUUAUAGACCAAUAUUUGUACCAGAGAUUUGCCAACGAUAUUUUGGGAAAUUAUUCUGAGAACACAGCCAAGAAACCGUGUGUGAACGAGACCAACCAGUCGGACAGCACUCUCCAGAUCCAGGACAUGACGUCACAGUUCAGCUUGUACAUCUCCAUCAGCGACUACGCCCUGUCGGUGGUGCCCUGCCUCCUGCUUGGGGCUUAUUCCGCCCUGAUCAGAAGGAAGACGCUUCUGCUGAUUCCAACACUGGCCACAGCGAUUAAAUCUCUGGACAUUGCUGCCGUGGUGUACUGGAAUCUAGACGUUCAAUGGCUGUACCUGGGCUACACAGUGGAAGGCUUGGGUGGAGGUACGUCUGGAAUACUGCUUGGUAUAUUUCUGUACAUGUCUGACAUUACGUCCAGGGGAAGGAAGCGAACAUUUGUCAUGACAUUUAUGGAAGGUCUCAAAGGUUUCAUCUCUGGAAUCUUGUACUACGGCACUGGCCAGCUCAUCGAAAGCACAGGGUUUAUAGUACCCACUCUGAUGGCUGCUGGGUGCAUGUUACUUAGCGUGUGCCUGAUACUUCUGUUGCCAGAAAGGAAAUCCAAACAAGUCAGCCAUGUCCGAAAAGAAACGGCUGACUGGUCAUUGGGAGCUUGCUAUAAGAGACUAACUCUUCCAUUUGGUAAAACUCAACAUCCUAUGGUCAAGAAGAUGGUCAUUUUAGCUCUGGUCGCCUUCCUUAUUUUACUUUGUUCACUUUUUGGACAGUCAAAGAUAAGAAACCUGUAUCUCAUGAACUUUCCCUUCUGCUGGGAUGCCGUCACAAUCGGCUGGUUCCUGUCUGCUCAAGACAUCGCCUAUAACCUGUUCACCAUGCUGGCUGUGCCUCUGUUUUACACAUGUCUGCCAGGCAUGGGACUGGCCAUCGUCGGACUUGUCUCGUGCAUGGCGGGGACGACAAUGUACGCCCUUGCUGACACAAGCUUGGAGAUCUACCUGAUUAUUGGAUUGUCCAUUGCAAAUAAUGUUGCCUUUGGUUUGAUACGAGGGGAGACGUCACGUCUGCUGGACGGAGAGUCACAAGGUUCAUUAUUCGCCACCGUGGCCAUGUUUGAGUCCCUGAGCUUCCUGUGCGGGACACCUGCCCUGUUACUGUAUAGCGCCACUGUCGGAUGGUACAGCGGUUUCUCGUUCUUCCUGAUGGAUGCGCUGCUGAUAGUCGCCUUAGUUCUGUUGUGCAUUUAUCAAUCUCUCUGGGUUCGCUACACGCGAGAGGUGCAAUCAAAGGAGCUGCUGGUUGAAAAGUACGGAAGUAUCAACUCUUAAAAAACUUUACCGUCUGAACAACACACUAAAAAGUUAACUCCCCUUUUUUUUAAAUCAGACAAUGGUUGAUUUUCAAAUUCUGUGAUUCUGUGUCAUUCCCGUGUUGCGCUCAACUUCCAAGAGCAGACGAUGUUCACGUAUGACGACGUUCUCUCGGCACAUGGAACGGAUGUUAUGACAACCACCACAGUCUCCGGGAUGUAACCUAUUUUCCUUGCAAGACAAUGUUUGUGUAUUUGUAUGUAUGUACAAAUGAGAAUGUUUCAAUUAUGUAAGCAAAUAGUUGUGAUAAAAUAAAGACAUGUGAAUACAAAAUUCCAAAUA